CACGCCAGCUUAGCUUAAACGAAACAGUCGCUAGAGCACGUCGCAUGAAUUACAAUGCUCCGCUAUAUAUUGUUCCUGUUACUACAUUACUUAUUGUGGUUUCCCAUUAAGAACGUUUACGGUGAAGUGCUAGAUUCAACCGCGAUUUGUGACUGCACUAUUGAUGUGCAAAUAGAUGUAUUUAAAAAGUUCCUUGAAGAAUUGCAAGCUGCGCGUAAGCGAGAAGAUGAUAUUUGGACACAAAUAGCUCUCAUUGAAACCAGACUGCAAUCGAUUGAGGAACAGCUGAGUGUUCGAAAGUCGGUGCCUUCAAGUUGCUUGGAGGCAGCAGCUGAGAGCUUCAAAAGUGGUGUUUACAAUAUAACAUUCGAAAAGUUUAGUGUCACACCGUUUGCCGUGUUCUGCAACGAAGAGGUGGACUACGGUGGUUGGUUAGUUAUACAACGACGUGUCAGUAAUGCCGUGGAUUUCGAUAGAGAUUGGCUAGAGUAUAAGAACGGUUUCGGGGUGCUGGAUGAAAAUUAUUGGAUCGGUUUGGAAAAACUACAUGCCUUCACCAGUAGUUGUCAGCAUGAGCUCUAUAUAGAAAUGCAGAACGAUAGUGGUGAAAGUUAUUAUGCACGCUACUCGGAAUUUGUAGUCGGCAGUGAAUCGGAGCGCUAUCCUCUAAAAAUAUUGGGUACUUAUGAAGGCACUGCUGGCAAUAGCUUGAAAAAGCAAGUGGGUAUGAAGUUCACCACUCGUGAUCAGGAUAAUGACCUCUACGGCUAUAAUUGUGCUGUUUUUCACAAAGGCGGCUGGUGGUUUAAAAAUUGUGCCUAUAGUCAUCUUAAUGGACCAUAUAGACAAGAGGACAAUGGAGUCGAUUGGAAUAGUUUAGGUGUGAUGGAAUCUUUGAAAUCAGCGCAAAUGAUGAUACGCCCCACAGAGAAAUGCCUAAGGCGCAUGUCACUGAAGGCCAAAUGAUUUUAUAUAUUUUGUGAAAUAGAUCUAAUUUUUAAUAACUAAAUGUAUUAUUAAUGUCUUACUUAGCCAACUUUUCGAUUUGAUUCGGACAUUAUGUAAUUUUUGAUUAACACUCUAAUAAAGCCAUAAUAAUAUUUUCAAUUUA